CACUGACGUGGAUAGUCGUUUUUUGGCCAUUUGCACGAGCUGAAAGUGCCAAAGGAUCAACGGAAAAGAAAUCCAGCUUCUUCCCGCCAAGACAGCUCUCGGUCACUCGGCAUUCAUCCAAGGCACCCAUCGUUGCUUCACAUUGCUCGGCGGCGACCAGCUACGCUGAUUCUGACUUUUCGUGUCUCCCACCCAAGUCGUUCACCCGUUUUCAAAGCUUCGAGCAAAUACGAGGUCGACAUUUGUGCUCCCUAGUUCCUUCCCUCCAGACCGGGCAUCUCGCGAGCAUUCCGGGGAAAGGAAGCCUCCGUCCGUUCAUCAUCUGAAACUUGAUAGAGUUCUGAUUGCUUUUCUGAUGCGGCCGCAGGCAUUUCUGCAUUCCUUGGCCCCUGUGCAUGCUCGUACCGGUCAUUUUUUGCUUCAGUUUGUGAGGAACGCACGGGGUCCGCCAGGAAGCGCGCCUGUUUCCAGAGCGUUCGGGAGGCGGCCGCAGAGUCACGCAUUCCUGGACGCCGUCUCCAGAAGAAAGAGGGCCGUUGUCUGUUGGAGUCUCCCAAGUUCUCGAGAUGAUUAUGGAACACGAUCAAGAAAAACUGCUGGACGAGGCGUCCGCAGUUGUCAAGGAGCAGGCGCGGUACAUGAAACGCGCAAUUGACAGCGACAACCUGCGCGAGGCUCUGAAACAUGCCUCGAAUAUGAUCUGCGAGUUACGCACGUCGCUGCUCUCUCCCAAGACUUACUAUGAACUGUACAUGCUCGUCUUCCACGAGCUCCAGCACCUCUCGGCCUUCUUUUCUGACAAGUCUCGCCAUAACAGGAAGAUGUCGGAAUUGUACGAGUCCGUCCAGCACGCGGGAAACAUCAUUCCGCGUCUGUACCUUCUGAUCACUGUCGGGGCGAGUUACAUCAAGUCGCGUGAAGCCCCUGCAUGUGAUAUUCUGCGAGACAUGACGGAACUUUGCAAGGGUGUCCAGCACCCGAUGCGUGGCCUCUUCCUUCGCUUCUACCUCACGCAAAUGUGCAAAGACAAACUUCCUGAUGUCGGCUCUGAAUACGAGAGAGAGGGCGCAGGGACGAUGAACGACGCCUUUGCGUUUUUGCUUACCAACUUCACAGAGGCGACGCGUCUGUGGGUCCGGCUGCAGCACCAAGGCAGCGCGCGAGAGCGCCAGAAGCGCGAGAAGGAGAGACACGACCUCCGCGUGUUGGUUGGGUCUACUCUGGUCCGCAUGGCUCAGCUGGACGGGAUGAGCGUGGAAUUUUACAGAGAGGAGGCUUUGCCGCGUCUGCUGGAGCAAGUUGUCGGCUGUCGAGACGGCAUGGCUCAGCAGUACCUCCUCGACUGCAUCAUCCAGGUGUUCUCAGAUGAAUGUCACUUGCAGACGCUGGAUCCCUUCCUCCAGGCUUGCCUGAAUGUUCAGCCCACAGUCGAUCUCAAGGCCAUCUUCGUCAACCUCCUCAACCGCCUCGCUAACUUUGUUCAGUCGGAGCCUGAGAGUGUGCCUGCAGACGUGGACGUCUUCGCUCUUUUCCGUCGGUACAUUUUGGAGUUGCAAGAUCGUUAUUUGCUUUCUUUGUCUGAGUCGAGUUCCUCUCAAUCGAACGGCGUUAAAGAGGGGUCUCUGGACUCUCCACCUGUUGCCGGUUCUUUAGUGGGGAACCUGUCUGGAGGCAAGACUCCCCCGUCCACGGACUUAACUUCUCUCCUCGAGCUCCAGAUGGCUUUUCUCUCCUUCACACUCACUCUCUUCCCGGACCGCGUGGACCACGUAGAUGGCAUUCUCGCGUCAACAGCCGUGCUCCUUUCCCGAUGUCUCUCAGAGAAGAGAGAAGACGGGGGAGAGGCGCGCAGCGGCGAACAGUCGCGCCUGUCUCCCGCUGGUGUCGAAGCCGUCGUUGAACUUCUGUCUUCCCCUCUGCGCACCCUCUCUCUCUCUGUCCUUGAAAUUGAACACUUCCCCUGCCUCAUGGGAUACCUGGACUUCGACACCAGGAAACAAGUCGCGGUCUCGAUGGUGUCUGCGGUGCUGGGGUCGAACGUGGCGCUGGACCAGCCGUCAGCUUUAUCGCGUUUUCUGGAGUUCAUCUCUCCCCUCGUGUUGGACGCUCCGGACACACCGCUUGACGAAGAUGAAGGAGGCGCUUCUUCGGCAUUCAGUGCGGAGCAACAGAGUGUCAGCAAACUCGUUCACCUCCUCCACAACCCAGACACAGACCUGCACUUCGCUCUGUUGUGCAUCGCCAGAGAAAAAUUUGGGGAAGGUGGACUGAGGCGCUUGAGGUACACUCUUCCGCCUCUGGUCGUUGCGGCGCUGCAAUUGGUGCCGCGAAUUCUGGACCGCGUCGAAGAGCACCAGCGAGGAGACUCCGACUUGCCCGCUCCAACUGUCUCUGCUAAGAAAAUUUUCCAGUUCGUCCAUGGGUCGUGCACUCAGCUUGUUCAGUGCAGUGCCCAAACCGCGCUUCGUCUCUUCCUCAUGUCGGCGAUCGUUGCCGACAGUGCAAACCUUCGCUGUCCCGGGUCUUACGAGGCCAUCACUUACGAGUACUUGACGCAGGCGCUUGUCUGCUACGAGGAAGAAAUUUCCGACAGCAAAUCGCAGUAUAAUUUGAUUUCCGAGUUCGUCGGCUCUGUCGUGGGUCAUAUCCAUACUCUGGAAAAAGACAACUACGAAAACAUCAGCGCAAAAAUCACGCAGCAUGCGGCCAAGCUUCUCAAGAGACCCGACCAGUGUCGCGCAAUUCUCACCUGCUCCCACCUUUUCUGGAACAACGAAAGCGUCCGCGAUUCCAGAAGGGUUUUGGAGUGUCUGCAAAAGUGUCUGAAAAUUGCCGACAUUGCUGUCCAGUCCUCCACCGCACACGUUUGUUUAUUCACGGAUAUUCUCGACAAAUACAUCUACUACUAUGAGCGAGAUAACCACGAGGUGACUGUCGACUUCAUUCAAAACCUCCUCGCGCUCUGUGCAGAACAUGUCAACUUCGCGCUACAAGAGGCCGGCCAGGAAGAGGCCCUCGCGAGCUUCCGCAACACGGUGCGCUAUUUGAAGCGGAAAAAGGAGACAGAGGGAGCAAAAUGGAGAGGACUCACUGGACUGAAUGAAAUCAGUGUUUCAACAUCUUAGGCGAAAGAUCUGGAUACACGCACAAGGCACACGGCGUGGAUACAGCGCCUCCUUUGCGGGGUCUCGGUUUCCUCUUCCGAUUUGCGUUUUAAGGGACCUUUCCGCAUUUUCGGUGUUUUGUUGGUCUGUUGUCGUUUCGGGGUCGGCCAGAAGCAGGCGCAUUCGGUCGCACGUAUUUCGCGAGACAUCUGUGGAGGGUGAAUGAGAAAUGUGCCUUCUCGUUAGACGCAGGAGGGAGCCGUGUAGCAGAGGCGGGAGCUUUUUGUCUGUUUUGGCGUUCGUAAAAGUGUCUCUUGGCGCAAAAAUGCAUGCACGCGUAGUUGCUGUUUCGAAUGCGACACUCUUACGAAAAAACAGACCCCAAAAGUGUCUGUUGGUCGAAUGCGAGUCGAAAACUGCGCUGCUGCGCCUCCCGAAAUCACAAGACGCAAUGCUGACAAAUAGACUUCGAGACGCGUGUUUACCCUCUAGGAUUGCUCGAGAUAUCGCCUGCGAGGCUGUAGCCGCCCAAAGCCGUUUUGGUCGUCGCUCUCUCGUCAUAUCUCCCUUUGCUCUUCCCUUUUUCGCAACCGUCACCUACCUGAUGUCACUGUCGCUGUGUUUCAUCGUAUCGUUUUUAAUCAAGAAAUACCCCUCCUCUCUCAGCAUGUAGCGUGACAAGCUUGGGGGUCAACG